CACUAAAUAUACCCUUCACAAACCCUCCGACAACCUCAAGCAACUCCCCAUGAGCGGUCUACCUCCCAAACCAGAAGUCAGCAGAACAGCAAGUAGCUGGCCUGAGCCUGCAGAUGACAGGCGAUAUGUAGGCAGGCCAGUGCCAAUGGCUGCACCAGACCAUUACCGUCCCCGACGCGAUGACAGAGACCGUGAUCGCGAAAGAGAGAGAGACAGAGAUAGAAGUUAUCAUCCUCCCCGGUCACCACCACCACGUUCACCUCGAGGAAGAGAUACCUAUACUUCGCCUUCUCGAAAUGAUACCCACCGCGAGUACUACCACCGUGAUGAACGCCCUAGAGGAGAGAGGGGAUGGGAGCCAGACAGAAGGGUUUCGGAGCGUAGGGACGAUAGGGCUUGGACGCGCGAUGAACAUUCAGGAAGGGGACGAGGGCGCGGGAGGGGUCGUGUUUCACCGCGCAGAGGGAGUAGUUACCACGGAGGAGCAAGCUGGCGAGUCCGCGAUUCGGAGCGAGAUAGGGACUAUGGAGGGCGGGGAAGGAGUCGGGAGUAUGACAGGAAUCACCAUGAUCGACGAAGAUUCGAUGAUAGGGAGAGAUCGGGUAUGCAUAGAGCUCCAUAUUCUCCACGUCAAGAUUCAAAUGAACACCGUCGGGAGCACUAUUCGCCUACAAAGUCUCCUCGUCGUUCAUACUCACCUAGACGAUACAGCAGGCCACCUUCUCCUGAUGGCAGCGCUAAUCGGUAUUCAUCGAGAUCUCCGGUAAAGCACGAGUCAGGGCAUACUCCCCAUCCACCUUCAGGGCCUCGAAGUCACCAAUCAGACUACAGGCGACGCGGGAGUCGGACUCCCAGUCCCCGUCCGUCAAAGCGCUCGAUGUCUCGAGAUACCAAACCUACGCAUGAAGAAACGCGUCUGCCGGUUUCCCCAGCACAUUCCCAACGCUCGCUUCGCGCUCCAGAUGAGAAAUCAGCCACAAAAUCAGCCUCUCCAUAUGUCAAAGCUGAACCUAACGACGACUUCCGUCUCAAGGCCGAAUCGGUCCUUGAAGACGCACAUAUCGGUCGUUCUCCAGCUUCAGCCAAGCAAGAGUCCACAGACCAAGAUGCCGAAGGAGACUUUAAAAUGCGCGACCCGUCCCACUCACCUUAUCACGCACUGAGUGCAGUCAAAACGCCUCCAACGCCGGCAUCUCCCGCUCCAUCCCUCAAACACCCAGUACCAGAGGAACUCCCAGGUGAAAUGCCCAAAGCCCCCACAGCGCCAUUCCUCCCCCCCUUUACGCGCCGCGAAACACUUAAAGAACGGCUAGGCCAAAAACACAAAGACGAGCUAACCCAAAUCGAAGCCAUCGAAGCCAGCCGUUCACGCGCAGCAUCUGAACAAGUGCAAAUCUCCAAAGCCGUCCGACGAGCACUGCACGAAUUGGAAAUCACGAGUAUAGACCUCCGGGCUGCUCAGAUACGGCGUGAGCAUGCGGAGAAUCACCGGAGGAAAGCUGCGAGUGCGAAUGGGUUUUUUGAUUUUGAGGCAGAGUUUUCCGGUUCUACAGGUUGAGCCCUAGACCACUAUUACUAGCUACUAGAAGUUGUUUGUAACGUAACUGCAAGGCUAUCGGGACGGAUGCUAAUAAUACUAACUGCCUGAUCAGGUCUGUUGCAGAUGAUGGUGCUAUAGAGUCCUUGCUUCUGCACCGUGGUGGGCUGCGUUGGUGGAGCGUACAUACCUCGAAGUGGAAUGUAUUUAUUUGGGAGGGGAUUUUGACGUAUAGUGGGAGGAUCCGGUUGUGGAAUAUACGCGAUUUUUUGUGAACGCCGCGCCGUCAGGGACGCGCGCCAUGGAAUGGAACUUACGGAAAUGAACAUAUUGCAGUUGGCAUCCACAUCGGAAGGCAUCAAGAUGUUGAGAACAUGAUGCUUG